CUUUAAAUUUUACGUCUUGUUUCAACAACUCUAUGUAAAGCGUAAACCAGAGGCAAAUUCAAAAGACGGUCAUUUUAAAUGGGAUGAUUGGGAAGUUGUCCGAUCAUAUUUUAUACCAGAAAAGGGAAGGAGAGUUAGAGAGAGAGAGAGGGAGGCGUGUGUAUGCCCUUAUAUAAAUCUUCCACAUUGACAGACAGAGAGAGGCGCGUGGAUGCCCGCUGUCACAGAAAACAAUAGCUUCUUCUGUAUGCAUUAGGGCAUGGCAGUCUCUGAACGAUAGCUGUUCCUGUCUAAUUUGGGCCUGUCACCCUCGGAAACUGUUGAUUAGUUGGAAAUAGAAAUGGGUUUUUGAUUAUUGCAAAUGGAUUCUUUGUGGAUGCAGCAAAUUGCCCAUCUCUUCUGUAAGUUUUGAUACUAUAUAUAUUUGGUUCUUCUAUAUUUUCGUGAAUUAAUGGCUGGAAGUAGCCUCAAAUUCACCCUUACUUCUAGGCCCGAGGAUAGGUUGAUGGAUGUUCCGUCAACAUCAAAUGGCAAUUUAUCAAAUGGGUUUUCAAGUAAACGCAGUUUCGAGAGCGUUGACGGUGGGGCUUUUUCUGAUAAAUCCCCUGUUUUUAAGAAGAGGACCUUAUCAGCUGUUCGUAAGUUUCCAAGAGGUUGUGGAAGAUUUGCCCCAAGAAUUACGGCAUUAAGGACUGGAGAAGUCAUGGAUUCUCAGAGGUCAAUGGAUGGUUCAGAAGAAAUGGCUUUGGUUAAAAUUGAUGACUCUAAACGUUUGAAUGUUGCUGUUGAACCUGAACAACCAAAGUCAUUGGGGAGUUCAACUGAGAAUGGUGUAGAAGGUGUACCGGAGAACUCUGUUCAAAAGGAUAACUUUCUUGAACUGGAGCCAAAACCUGUUCAAAAUGAUAAGCAAAAAUUUCAAUUAGAUUCGGUGCAAAAUGAAGAGUUGGGGUUGGAGAUUUCAAAGGUUGCUUCCUCUGAUCAAGAGGAACCUCUACAACUAUUGCCCAUAAAGACUGAUAUAAGCAUUAAGGAUCAUUCAGAGAAGAAAUCCCCUUCUCGAAAUGUCUCAGCUUCCAGUCGAUUUCCUUCUGGUCAUGAUAGACCGAAUGAAGCAUUGGGAUCAGAGGCCUCGGGGGUCUCCUCCCCUGUUAAUCAACAGGCACCGCUGCCACCAUCUGUUUCAAUAGCUGAAGCCGAUUCAGCUGUUGAGGAUAGUGCCAAGAAGAAGUUUCCUUCACGAAAUCUCUCAGCUUCUAGGCAUUUCCCUUAUGGUUGUGGUAGGAAUGUUCCUAAGCUCACUAUAGAGGAAAGGAUGAGAUUCAUGGCUUCUAAAAAUAGGAAGUCCACAGAGGGAAAACCUUUGGAAGAGGAGGAACUUAAUAAGCUUUCUAAUGCUAAGGCAGUUCAGGCUGAUAAACCUGUACAAUGUGAGAGGAUUGAGAGUAUGUCGGAGAAGAAGGACAAUGUCUUGCCCAAGAAGAAAAAACCAAAGGAGGGGAAGCCUUUAGAAGAAGAAGACAAGUCUUCUUGCUCGAUAAGAACAAAGCCCACCAAAUUGGAGAAGAUUGAGAGCACACCAAAAAUAAGAGAUAACAAAGAUGUUGGUGAUCGAGGCAAGAGCAUAAAAGAGGGUGCUAAGAUGUCUCGGCCAAUAGAGCAAUCCCCAUAUAUGACUAAGAAAUCUCAUAAAAAGGAUGGAGUUCGGGUGAAACAUUUGGCUACAAAAUCUGAGAAACUCAAAAAGGGGGAUGGUUUUAAGAGCAAGAUAACAAUGGAAUCUGCUGAAAAAAGUGAUGGACAAGUCGAGGUUCAGGACAAAGAAGAAGAUCCUAUGGACUUUUACAGUGACAAGGUGAUUGUACAGGCAUUAAUGGCUGCACCGAAUUGUCCCUGGAUGCAAGGUAAAGGAAGCACACGCAGGUCCUCACUGAGUCUUAGUGGCAAUAAGCCCAGUGCAAAGAAGGAAGACCCCAGCUCACAUUUCAAACCAAAGUCAUCUUCCAAGAGCAAGGAUAAGGGUUUGAAAAGGACAUCUGAUGCUGAAAAUUCAAAGCAGAAAACAAAGAGCAAAGCGACAAUGAAGGUAAAUUCAAGUACUCGGGAGACUGAUGGAGAAGCUACAAUGGAUGAGGAAGAGAACUCCUCAACUCGCAUUGCUGGCGAAGCAAUGCAAUUGUUUGAAGGUGAAGAUGAAGAUGGAGACAGCUUAUUGGUGGGUCCUGAUUAUGAGUUUGGGGAUGAACCACGGGAGCUCAGUAUGAGCCUGAUUCCAUUUGGUGUUGGAAUUAGGAGGAACAGCAGCAAUCAACAAGAGGAGGUUGCCACUCGCUCCAAGGUUCGAGAGACACUACGCUUGUUUCAAGCACUCUACAGAAAACUUCUUCAAGAUGACGAGGCAAAGCGCAAGAACCAAGACCUAGGUCAAAAUGCGAAACGACUUGAUUUGCAGGCUGCUAGGCUUCUCAAAGACAAAAACAUGUGGGUAAACUCAGGGAAACAAAUACUGGGACCGGUCCCUGGUGUCGAAGUCGGGGAUGAGUUUCAUUAUCGAAUUGAGCUUUGCAUCGUUGGCCUUCAUCGACAAAUUCAAGCUGGCAUUGAUUACAUCAAGCGAGGAAACAUCACACUUGCCACAAGUAUUGUCUCUUCAGGGGGCUAUGCGGGUGAUGUUGAUGAUAGCUCUGAUGUGUUGGUGUACUCUGGUCAUGGAGGAAACCAUUCAUUUUUUGAUAAGAAGCUACCUGCUGAAAAUCAGAAGCUCGAACGUGGGAACCUUGCUCUCAAAACCAGCAUGGAUGAGCAAAUCCCAGUUCGCGUUAUACGUGGGUUCAAAGAAACUAGGGUCAUUGAUCCCCAAGAAAACUCUAGAGGUAAAGUCAUUGCCACAUAUACCUAUGAUGGUCUAUAUCAAGUUGAAAAAUUCUGGACGGUUACAGGUUCCAAGGGUUGUAGCACUUACCAAUUCCAGCUAAGAAGAUUGCCUGGACAACCCAUGCUUGCUUGGAAACUAGCCAAACAAGUGGGCAAGUCGAAGAAAUUGAAGAGGCGUGAGGGAGUAUGUAUCGAAGAUAUUUCUGAAGGGAAAGAGGCGAAAUCGGUUUGUUCUGUGAACACUAUAGAUGAUGAACUACCCACACCAUUCAAAUACAUAACCAAGAUGAUAUACCCACCUUGGUAUAAGCUUAUUCCUGGGGAGGGUUGUGAAUGCACUAAUGGUUGCUCUGAUUCUGAGACUUGUGCUUGUGCAGUCAAGAAUGGUGGUGAACUCCCCUUCAACCGCAAUGGGGCCAUUGUAGAGGCAAAACCCAUAGUUUAUGAAUGUGGGCCAAAGUGCAGGUGCCCCCUAACUUGCCAUAAUCGAGUUAGCCAACAUGGAAUCAAAUUCCCUCUAGAGAUUUUCAAGACAGAGAAUAGAGGGUGGGGUGUGAGGUCCAUGAUAUCUAUCCCAUCGGGAAGCUUCAUAUGUGAGUAUACUGGUGAGCUUCUUCGAGAUACAGAGGCAGAGCAAAGAACUGGAAAUGAUGAGUAUUUGUUUGAUAUUGGGCAUAACUAUAGUGACCAUGCGCUUUGGGACGGACUCUCUACUCUAAUACCUGACAUGCAAUUGAGCACAGCGUGUGAUGUUGUGGAGGAUGUAGGCUACACAAUUGAUGCAGCAGAGUAUGGUAAUGUAGGAAGGUUUAUAAAUCACAGUUGUUCGCCAAACCUCUAUGCUCAAAAUGUGCUCUAUGAUCAUCAUGACAAGACUAUGCCCCAUAUCAUGCUUUUUGCGGCUGAGAACAUUCCUCCUUUACAGGAAUUGACGUAUCAUUACAACUAUACUUUGGACCAGGUUCGAGAUUCUGAUGGUAAUAUAAAGAAGAAGGAUUGCUAUUGUGGAUCCCAUGAGUGCAGUGGCAGAUUGUAUUGAACAGCUAUCUUCAUUUGGUAUAAGAAUUUUAACCUUGCCCAAAAAAAAACCAAAAAAAAAGAAAAGGAAAAUCACUUUUCUUACAGUAACUGGUCCAUAUUGGGAUUGAAGUUUCAAUCAAAACUGAUCUGGAGAAUGGAAGUUUUUUUCUUUUUUGAGUGACGUAAUCAUGUAUGGCAUUAUUUUUUGUGCGUGUUCUCGAGCUGGGUAUCCUGACUAAGACCCAUCCCUUUUGUUGCUUCGCAUUUUGGCUAAUAAGUAAUGUUUCGGUUAGGAAAGGCAUAAUACAUGAGUAUUGCUUUGCCCUUA